AGUCUCCCCCGAGCCCCCGAGCCCCCGGGAUGCCGCUGGGGCUGGGCCGCCGCAAGAAGCCGCCGCCGCUGGUGGAGAACGAGGAGGGGGCCGGGGGGCGCGGGGGGGCCCCGGGGGAGCCCGGGGGGGCCCCGGGGGGGGUCCCGGGGGCGGCGCCCCCCCCCCACCCGCUGCGGCCCCGCCUGGUGUUCCACACGCAGCUGGCGCACGGCAGCGCCACCGGGCGCGUGGAGGGGUUCGGGAACGUGCGGGAGCUGUACGGGAAAAUCGGGGAGGCCUUCGGGAUCCCCCCCAGCGAGGUGCUGUUCUGCACGCUGAACACGCCGCAGGUGGACAUGGAGAAGCUGCUGGGGGGGCAGAUCGGCCUCGAGGAUUUCAUCUUCGCGCACACGCGCGGGCGCCAGAAGGACGUGCAGGUGCUGAAAUCCGAGGAGGCGCUGGGGCUCACCAUCACUGAUAACGGAGCGGGAUACGCCUUCAUCAAGAGGAUCCGUGAGGGCUCGGUGAUGGCGCGCACGCCCCAGGUGGGCGUCGGGGACGUGCUGGAGGCGCUGGACGGGCGCAGCCUGGUGGGCACGCGGCACUUCGAGGUGGCGCGGCUGCUGCAGGAGCUGCCCCGCGGGCACCACUUCAGGCUGAGGCUGACGGAACCUCGGAGAGCCUGGGACGGGAUCGGGCCCCGCUCCGGGGGGGUCUCGGCUCGGGGGGGGCCCCCCCAGGUGCCCUCGGGCCGGGGGACGCUGAGGCUGCGCUCGAGGGGCCCGGCCACGCUGCAGGAGCAGCCAUCGGCGUUCGAGGAGCGCGCGGUGGCCAAGGUGGACGAUCUGCUGGAGAGCUACAUGGGCAUCCGGGACAGCGAGCUGGCCGCCACCAUGGUGGAGCUGGGCCGCGACGCCCGUGACCCCGACGCGCUGGCCGAGGCUCUGGACGCUCAGCUCGGCGACUUCGCCUUCCCCGACGAGUUCGUGUUCGACGUCUGGGGCGCCAUCGGCGACGCCAAGGCCGGGCGGUGCUGAGAGCCCCGAAAAUGGGAGCCCCCCAAAACCUGGGACACCCCCUGAGUGGGGACCCCAAAACCCCAGGGCACCCCAAUGGGGACCCCAAAACCGCUGGGACCCCAAAACCACUGGGACCCCAAAACCCAGAGCUCCAAAACCCCAGGACACUUCCUGAUGGGGACCCCAAAACCCAGGACCCCAAAACCACUGGGACCCCAAAACCCCAAGACGCCCCCAAAUGGGGACCCCAAAACCCUGGGACACCCCAAAAGCCCCAGGACCCCAAAACUACAGGAGACCCCAAAACCCUGGGACCUCAAAACCCAGAACUCCAAAAACCACCUGGGUGGGACCCCAAAACCACUGGGACCCCAAAAACCUGGGACCUCAAAACCCAGGACCCCAAAAUCCAGGGACACCCCCAAAUGGGGCUCCCAAAACCCUGGGAUCCCCCAAAACCACUGGGAGCCCAAAACCACUGGACACCCCAAAAGCACUGGGACCCCAAAACCCGGGGACACCCCCAAAUGGGGACCCCAAAACCCCGAGACCCCCAAAAACCACCAGGACACUACAAAACUCCCCGGGUCCCCCAAAACCCCAGGUCCUCAAAACCACUGGGACCCCAAACUGCUGGAACCCAAAACCCUCGGACACCCCAAAACCUGGGACCCCAAAAUCACUGGGACCCCAAGAGCUGAGACCCCAAAAACCACCUGGGUGGGACC